GGAAAGAAAGGUAGGUGGUGGCCCCAAAACAAAUCCAAUCCAUUCCAAAGAUGAGAUUAGUAAUCAGAUCAAACAAAAUAAAAUAUAAAAUAUUUCAAAUACUUUUUCUUUCUUAAUUUUUAAUUUCACUUCGUCGAAUUAACCAGUUCAGUUUCCAUCCUUCUGUGAUCUGUGUUCUUCCCAUGGAAAUCUAAAUCCUUCUCUUCACAAAUCCCAAUUCCUCUCUUUCUCUGUCUCUGUCUCUGUCUCUCUCUGUUUGUGUCUCUGCACAUGCACAUUGAAGUUGGACAAUCGUAUGUUUUUAUAGCUUGGUAUGCGCGCAGUAUAAUGCUCCUAAGAAUUCAAUAGCGAAGGAGAAUUUGAUUAUGGAAUGGAAAUGGUGGAAGUGGUGUCUUUUGACGUAAGAUAUUGUUGGUGGUCUCAGGGUGUUGUGAAGUUAGAGCUAUGGCGGACUCAGACAAGGGAAUGUCUUCUGAUAACAUAAAGGGGCUGGUUUUGGCUUUGUCUUCCAGCUUAUUUAUUGGAGCAAGUUUUAUUGUGAAGAAAAAGGGUUUGAAGAAAGCUGGUGCAUCUGGUCUCAGGGCAGGUGCUGGGGGUUAUUCUUACCUGUAUGAGCCACUUUGGUGGAUUGGCAUGAUCACAAUGGUUGUUGGAGAAAUUGCUAAUUUUGCAGCUUAUGCAUUUGCUCCAGCUAUUCUGGUCACUCCUCUUGGUGCACUGAGCAUCAUUAUCAGUGCUGCCCUAGCACAUGUUAUUUUACGGGAGAAGUUGCACAUUUUUGGGAUUCUCGGUUGUGCUCUAUGCGUUGUGGGGUCAACAACAAUUGUGUUGCAUGCUCCUCAAGAACGAGAGAUUGAGUCUGUCAAGGAAGUGUGGGAACUUGCAACCGAGCCAGCAUUUCUUUUCUAUGCUACUUUUGUCAUUGGAGCAGUUUUCAUCAUCAUUGUUCGUGUUAUACCCCAAUAUGGGCAGACUCAUGUUAUGGUCUAUAUAGCGGUUUGUUCACUUGUGGGUUCGCUAUCGGUCAUGAGUGUUAAAGCAAUUGGAAUUGCUCUGAAGCUAACUUUCUCAGGGAUGAAUCAGUUAGUAUACCCCCAAACAUGGGCCUUUACGUUGGUUGUGGCUAUCUGUGUGAUCACUCAGAUGAAUUAUUUAAACAAGGCUCUUGAUACGUUCAACACAGCUGUUGUAUCGCCUAUAUACUAUGUGAUGUUUACAUCCUUAACCAUUUUGGCCAGUGUAAUCAUGUUUAAGGAUUGGGAUCGACAGAAUCCAACUCAAAUUGUUACUGAAAUCUGUGGAUUUGUAACUAUCCUUUCUGGAACCUUUCUUCUUCACAGAACAAAGGACAUGGUUGAGGGUUCAUCACCAUCUCUAUCAUCGCGACUUCCCAAGCACACACAAGACAAUGUAUUUGAACCUGAAGGUAUCCCUCUUCGACGUUAGGAACCCCCACGACAUACUUGGCUGUAUGUAGUGAUUCAUUGGUCUACUUUCAUUCAAGAUCUUGCAUAUAUUUGGGGGGAGUGUUGGAUCCACGCCAUUAACAUGUACAUUACCAACACAUUGAGCUGGUCGCCUGGUCCCUUUUCAUCCUUUGAGAGGAUAGCGUGCAAAGGCGGCCUGAAUUCUUCUCAGAUAGAAAAUGAAAUGAGCACUUUCAACGUGGACGACUUCGCCCCAGGGAAUUGUAAUUUUGAGCAACUUGUUUCACAUGAUAUAUCCUAGUUUCAUAUUCAAAUAGAAAUGCAAAUUCUUUUUUCUUUUCUUUUCUUUUCUCUGGAAACUAGGACAUUCAGACAUUGGAGAAGGGAGGGGUUUACGUGCUAGAAUACUUCUCAGAUAAAAACUAUACUUCUUCAUUCAUUUUAGUUUCAAAGUAGAAGUGUCACUUGUAAUUCUUUUUAUAAAAAAAAAAAGAGAGAAUUUAUAAUUUGGUA